UCUUCUCGGCGAAAGUCCAAUAGAAUAUAAAAGUACCAAAGCAAAAAAGAAAAAAAUUCACAAAGCGGAUGAUGCAGAGAUUGAACCGACGUUUCUAGGGUUUUACUUCCUUGAGCCUGUGAGGUUCGGCGUUUCAGUGGUGUUCUACUUCUUUCUCGAUGAUUCAACUAGUUGAAAUGGAACGAUUUCGUCAGGAAAAUAGAUUUUGAUGGUGGGUUGCCUGAAAUAUUGAAGCUUUCGGGGCUAAGAGCCGUGUUCCUUGGUCCCCAGCAGAUGAGUAGGAGCUCCAACAUUUGUGGCGCAUGAGGGAAGACAAUGAGCCUGAGAUUGCAGAGCUCAUUUCUUGGUACUCCUCUUCACGAGUCUUUAAUUGCUAGAAACAAUCGGAAUAAUGUUUUUGGAGACAGAGGGAAGGGUGCAAAAAGGGGUUUCCGGAAGCGUAUCUCCUUGGAGAAGAAGAAUGAUUGGGUAGCUCAAGUAUUAAGGUUUUCACAAUUUUUUGGGGAAAAUGUAGCGCUACUGAGAAAAUCCAUUGGGGCUAGAAACAGAUUGGAGGUAAAAUGUCUGAAGGAGCCUAUUGUACGAAGCAGGGCCUUUGUGAAGUCUUUAUCUCUGGUCUGGGAAGAGGGCUUGUUUUUUGUGAGGUGUUCUGUUUUCACAUGUGUCUUAUCUGGGGUUUACUUACUUAUGUGGUACGGGCAGAACAAGGCACGGGGUUUUGUCGAGACGAAGCUUUUGCCAUCAGUUUGUUCUAUAAUCAGUGAGCGUAUCGAGCGUCAGCUUGACUUUGGAAAGGUGAGAAGAGUUUCACCAUUGAGCAUUACACUUGAAGCAUGCUCCAUCGGACCUCAUGGUGAAGAAUUCUCAUGUGGUGAAGUUCCAACCAUGAAGCUCCGCGUCAGACCUUUUGCUAGUCUAAGGAGGGGAAAGAUUGUGGUUGAUGCCGUUCUAAACAAUCCGACUGUCUUGGUUGCACAAAAGAAGGAUUUUACAUGGUUAGGGAUACCUUUCUCUGAAGACGGUCCACAAAGGCAUUUGUCCUCUGAAGAAGGAAUUGACUUUCGUACUAAAACUCGAAGAGUUGCCAGGGAGGAAGCAGCAGCCUGUUGGGCGAACGAUAGGGACAAUGCUGCAGGAAAGGCUGCAGGGAUGGGCUAUAUUGUUCCCGGAGAAAGUACUUCAAAAUCUAAAGAUGAUGGCUUGAAGCAGGAUAGACAGUUUACUGAAAUAGCAAAUUCCAAGUCCUUUAUGUGCAUGGAUGAAAAAAUGCAUUCAACAGAUCAUCAUUGCAUGGACAGAGGAGUUGAUUAUGAUAUCAAGCAUGCUGAAUUGGAGAGAUCGUUUGGCAUAAAGAUCCCUGGUGCAGGUCUUAAGUUCUUAUCUAAAAUGAUAAAAGGCCCUCGAAAGCACAAAUUUAAGUGGAAUUCAAAAUCAAAGAAUGGAUCCACAUCCAAUGUUGGUGUGAAAAGGCGAAUUCUUGAUCGUAGCGCUUCAGCAGCUGUCUCUUAUUUCCAGAUCUUAUCGCAGCAGAAGCCUGAUGAUUCUUCAAUGUCGUUUGAAGAUUAUGAUGACUUGGGUGUGGAUAUGCUGUUAAUCAAAAGUGAAAGAGAAAACAUUAAUCAAUAUGUUGUCCCUAUGCCAUCUGGCGAACAAUUACCUGGUGAUGAUUUGGAUAGGGAAGAUCAUCGAGCAGUAUCGGGGUGUCUCGCUGUAAAAGAUACUACAUAUUCAGACAAGUGCAUUCUAUCACGUGAUCCCUUCGUAGUGACUGUUGAUAGACUCUCUGCGCUUAUAAAACCUAAGGAAAAUGUUUCACAUGUUGAAGAUAUAAAAAAUGAUACAUUGUCUGAUCAUGUGAAUGACAAUGCGGAUGAUGUUACACAUGGCAGCCAAAGUGGGUAUCGGGUUGAAGUGCAUCAUGAAGGUCCUACUCGACCAUUAAAGGAAGUGAAGGAAUUGGUGCCUAAUAUUAUUGCCAGCUCAUCUGAAAAGUUGAAAGAAGGGGUGUAUCCUGAAGUUGAAGAUGAUGUUCCUAAAUUUUUCGUCGAGCAAAAUGAGGUGCCUGCUUUAUGCAUUGAGAAGGCACUACCAGUCAUGCUCGACUCUGUUCACUUUAAGGGUGGGACAUUUAUUCUUCUAGCAUACGGUGACAGGGAGCCCAGAGAGAUGAGGAAUGUUGAUGGGCAUGUUAAGUUUCAGAAUCACUAUGGCCGCGUGUACGUGCAGCUUGGGGGAAAUUGUAGCAUGUGGAGAUCAGAUGAAGUAUCUGAAGACGGUGGCUGCUUGUCUGUUGAUGUUUUUGUUGAUACCGUGGAGCAGAACUGGCACGCAAACUUAAAGGUUGCCAAGUUCUUUGUUCCGAACUUUGAAAGAAUUCUAGAGAUCCCAAUUGAAUGGUCAAAGGGAAGAGCUACUGGUGAGGUCCAUUUGUGUAUGUCUAGUGGAGAAACAUUUCCCAACCUACAUGGCCAGCUUGAUGUCACCGAGUUGGGCUUCCAUUUAUAUGAUGCACCUUCUUCUUUUUCUGAUGUUUCAGCCAGCUUGUGUUUCCGCGGCCAGCGUAUUUUCCUACACAAUGCAAGUGGCUGGUUUGGAAAGGUUCCUCUGGAGGCUUCCGGAGAUUUUGGUAUUCAUCCUGAUGAUGGAGAGUUUCAUCUAAUGUGUCAGGUACCUUACGUGGAAGUCAAUGCCUUAAUGAAAACCUUCAAGAUGAAGCCCUUAGUCUUCCCGGUGGCUGGUUCUGUUACAGCUGUGUUCAACUGUCAAGGCCCCCUUGAUGCUCCAGUGUUUGUAGGAAGUGGCAUGGUCUCUAGGAAAAUCAAUCAUCUAUCUCCAGAUCUCCCUGCAUCUGUGGCAUAUGAAGAAAUGCUGAAAAAUAAGGAAGGUGGUGCAGUUGCAGCAUUUGACCGUGUUCCGUUUUCCUAUCUUUCUGCUAAUUUCACAUUUAACACUGAUAAUUGUGUCGCUGAUUUAUAUGGAAUUAGAGCCACCCUUGUUGAUGGUGGGGAGAUUCGUGGAGCAGGGAACGCUUGGAUCUGUCCAGAGGGGGAGGAGGACGAUACUGCACUAGAUGUAAACUUUUCUGGAAAUAUAUCUGUUGACAAGGUUUUGCAGCGUUAUAUGCCUGGAUAUCUUCAUCUAGAGCCACUAAAAUUAGGUGAUUUAACUGGGGAGACAAAACUCUCUGGGGCUCUCUUUAAACCGAGAUUUGAUAUAAAAUGGGUUGCACCAAAAGCUGAUGGGUCCUUUACUGAUGCUCGGGGUGAUAUUGUGAUAUCACAUGAUUAUAUCACUGUGAAUUCAUCGUCAGUUGCAUUUGAUUUAUACACAAAACUUGAUACCUCGUACAAUGAUCAUGAGUUGCUUCCUGAAGAAGAUUUCUCUCGAAGGAGAUCCAUUCCGUUUGUCAUCGAGGGACUUGAACUGGAUUUAUGUAUGCGUGGUUUUGAGUUUUUUAGAAUGGUUACUUCAUAUACAUUUGAUUCACCAAGGCCUACACAUUUAAAAGCAACAGGAAGGAUCAAAUUUCAGGGAAAGGUUAAAGGGCAAAACACUACAACUGAAGAAGAGGUUGAGUCUGAGAAGUUCGCAGAUGCAGGAGCAGUAGCAAGUCUUGUUGGUGAAAUUUCAAUCUCAGGUCUCAAGCUGAAUCAGUUAGUUUUAGCUCCUCAACUGGCUGGGCUGUUAAGCAUUUCACGUGACCAUGUAAAGCUUGAUGCAAUGGGUAGGCCAGAUGAAAGUCUUGCGCUGGAGUUUGUUGGACCACUGCAGCCAAACCCUGAAGAAAGUAUACCAAGUGGAAAAUUACUGUUUCUGUCCUUUCAGAAGGGACAACUAAGAGCAAAUGCUUGUUAUCAACCACUACAGUCUGCUACUUUGGAGAUACGCCACUUACCACUUGAUGAGCUGGAAUUGGCUUCACUGAGAGGAAUAAUUCAAAGGGCGGAGAUUCAGCUUAAUCUUCUGAAGCGAAGGGGUCAUGGUUUGUUGUCUGUAAUUCGACCAAAAUUCAGUGGAGUUCUUGGAGAAGCUCUAGAUGUCGGAGUAAGAUGGAGCGGUGAUGUGAUCACUGUUGAGAAAAGUGUUCUACAACAAAGCAAUAGCCGCUAUGAGCUUCAAGGGGAAUAUGUACUGCCUGGUUCCCGUGAUCGAAACCUUGGACAGAAGGACAGUAACAGCUUCUUUAAGAGGGCCAUGACUGGCCAUCUUGGUAGUGUUAUAUCUUCCAUGGGAAGAUGGAGAGUAAGACUUGAAGUUCCUAAAGCGGAGGUCGCUGAGAUGCUGCCCCUUGCGAGGCUUCUUUCAAGAAGUACUGAUCCAGCUGUUCGCUCUAGAUCAAAGGAUCUUUUUAUUCAAAGUUUGCAGAAUCUGCGUCUACAUGCUGAGAAUCUCCAGGACUUACUUGAGGAGAUUCGUGGGGAUUAUGCUCCACCUAGCGAAAUUGUACUUGAAGAUCUCAGUCUCCCAGGUUUAGCCGAACUCAAAGGCCGUUGGCAUGGUUCAUUGGAUGCUCGUGGUGGAGGCAAUGGAGACACCUUGGCAGAAUUUGACUUUCAUGGAGAUGAUUGGGAGUGGGGGGCUUACAAUACACAGCAUGUGUUGGCGACUGGGUCAUAUAGCAACGACGAUGGUUUGCGGCUUGAGCAGAUAUUUAUCCAAAAGGGAAAUGCCACAAUCCAUGCAGAUGGAACAUUGUUGGGGCCAAAAACCAAUCUUCAUUUCGCUGUUCUGAAUUUUCCCAUCAGUUUGGUGCCUACUUUGGUACAGGUUGUUGAAUCAUCAGCUACUGAUCUUGUUCAUUCUUUGCGGCAACUCUUGUCACCGAUUAAGGGCAUUUUGCACAUGGAAGGGGAUCUUAGAGGAAAUCUUGAAAAACCAGAAUGUGAUGUACAAGUGAGACUGUUGGAUGGCGCAAUUGGGGGGGUUGACCUAGGACGCGCUGAAGUUGUUGCCUCCCUUACAUCAAACAGCCGUUUUCUUUUCAACUCCAAAUUUGAGCCAUUUGUCCAGAAUGGCCAUGUGCAUGUACAAGGAAGUGUUCCUGUUAAUUUUUCUCAGAAUAGUAUUUCUCAGGGAGGAGAUGGAGAAACUUAUAGUAAUGGUGCCUUGACAGUCCCUAGCUGGGUAAAAGGAAAGGAUGACAGUGAGAAGAAAACAUCAAGAGAUAGAAGUGAAGAGGGAUGGGAUAGCCAACUAGCUGAGGGUCUCAAAGGUUUAAACUGGAACAUUUUAGAUGCAGGAGAAGUUAGAAUCGAUGCUGACAUCAAGGAUGGGGGAAUGACUUUGUUGACAGCUCUAUCUCCUUACGCCAAUUGGCUCCAAGGGAAUGCCGAUAUCAGGCUUCAGGUCAGGGGUACAGUAGAGCAACCUUUGCUUGACGGGUCUGCAUCAUUCCAUAGGGCGUCAAUAUCUUCGCCAGUGCUCCGUAAACCUCUCACAAACUUUGGUGGAACUUUACAUGUUAAAUCAAAUAGGUUGUGUAUCAGUUCAUUGGAAAGUAGGGUAAGCAGAAGGGGAAAGCUUGUUGUCAAGGGUAAUCUUCCCCUCAGAUCAAAUGAGGCAUCGUCCUUUGGUGAUGGAAUAGAGCUGAAAUGCGAAGUUCUAGAAGUACGGGCAAAGAAUGUUUUAAGUGGUCAGGUUGAUACGCAGUUGCAAAUUACUGGAUCAAUAUUGCAACCAACCAUCUCGGGAAAAAUCAAGUUAAGCCAUGGAGAAGCUUAUCUACCUCAUGACAAGGGUGGCGGAGCUGCCCCUUUCAAUAGACUGGCUGCAAAUCAAUCCAGGAUUGCUGGUGCUACUAUCAAUCAAGCAGUUGCUUCAAGAUCUUUCACACGGUUUUUUGGGUCAGAACCCGCUUCCUCGAGAAUGAAAUUCUCACAGCCAUCUGCAGGUGAAACAAAUUCUGCUGAGGAAGAGAUUGAAGAAGUGAAAAUCAAGCCGAACAUGGAUAUCCGGCUCAGCGAUUUGAAGCUUGUCUUAGGACCGGAGUUGAGAAUAUUGUAUCCUUUAAUUCUCAAUUUUGCUGUUAGCGGCGAGCUUGAGUUAAAUGGCAUGGCUCAUCCCAAAUACAUCAAACCAAAGGGUAUUCUAACAUUUGAGAACGGAGAUGUCAAUCUCGUGGCUACUCAGGUUCGGCUGAAGAGGGAACAUCUCAACGUAGCGAAAUUUGAGCCGGAACAUGGACUAGAUCCUAUGCUAGAUUUAGCUUUAGUUGGUUCGGAGUGGCAGUUUAGGAUUCAAAGUCGUGCCAGAAACUGGCAGGACAAAAUUGUAGUGACUUCGACGAGUUCCGUCGAGCAGGAUGCUCUCUCACCUUCUGAGGCUGCAAGGGUUUUCGAAAGUCAAUUAGCGGAAUCGAUACUAGAAGGCGAUGGACAACUUGCAUUCAAGAAACUCGCGACUGCGACUCUUGAGAGCUUAAUGCCAAGGAUAGAAAGCAAAGGGGAGUUUGGUCAGGCAAGGUGGAGACUAGUGUAUGCACCACAGAUCCCGAGUCUACUCUCCGUCGAUCCUACAGUCGAUCCUCUUAAAUCUCUUGCCAACAAUAUCUCAUUUGGAACUGAGGUCGAAGUGCAGCUCGGGAAGCGCCUUCAGGCCUCUGUGAUCAGACAGAUGAAAGACUCGGAGAUGGCGAUGCAAUGGACAUUGAUCUAUCAGCUCACGAGCCGUUUGCGUGUUCUCCUCCAGUCCGCGCCUUCGAAGCGUUUGCUUUUCGAGUACUCUGCCACAUCCCAAGACUGAACACAGAAGAGAGGGAGUAUUCUGUUUGCAGAUUUUGGUCAUUACGUCCUUCUCGUGCCUCACUUCGCAUCUCUUGAUAGUAGAGACUUCAUGGCUUCUGCUAUAUAGAUUAUUAUUAUUUCAUUAUUUGGUCAGGAAGUUUUUGUUUUACAUUUUUGUCAUUUAAUUGUAAAUUAUGUAAAUGGUUAAU